UUCUUUGAAAUAUAUACUAGUAAUCAUGCACGUGCAAUGCUGCAUGAAAAAUCCACAGGAUGUGACUCUAAACAAUGAAUUCAGAAACAUUGGAGAAGCAUGUUUACCCACUGAAUUCAAAUAUAUUCCUCUAAGCUCAUGUUUAGGCAGUAAUCUAGACUUUAAAAGUACAUGCAUUCCAAGUCCGUGCUAAUUCAGAUAGUUUCUAUACAUGGUGUAAUAUGAAUUCAGUAUGAAGUUGUAAAGAUCAUGUCCUAAUAAAGGUCUAAGAACAGUAAUAUAAUAUUUCAGCAUACAUAUCUAGUAUAGCAUGAAGUUAUAAAGAUCGGAUCCUAGAUUUCAGGAUAGUGAUGUAUUACAAGACAGUGAUCUACCUGAAGUUGUAAAGGUCAAAUCUGGGAUUUUCAAUUGAUACAGUAUUUACAAAAUCAUUUUGAAAUUAUCAAAGUGAUCAAUUACUGCCCUAGACAUGCAUAAGUACAUAGAAUAAACUGAUCCUUGUAUACAUCAGCAAAUAGAAUUUUGCAGCUAGCAUCCUAAUCAUGUAUUUAUGGGGCGACCCACGUAGAUCAAAGCUGAUAAAAGGACAUUGCUAUUCUCAGCUUAAAUUGAAGGAAUUAAAUCUAUAUUUUCAGUGAUUCCUUGGACUUCUCAACUGGAAUGUUGCACAUGAUGCUAGCCCUGCAGCUCAAAAUGGUCCCUAGAAAAAAUAACUAAAAAAAAUUGCUUUCAACCUUUCAAGUUACCAUCUUAGUAAGGUUAUAAACAUCGAGCAAGUAGCAACACAAGCUCAUGUAAUCAGUAAACCAUGCAAAAUAAAGGAAAAGUAUAAAAUUAAAAUACUGGUUAAGAAUAGACAAACAGAUCAUCCUUUCAUAGAAGAAAGCCAGUACCCGUCUCUCAGGAGGUACUGCUACAGAAACAAUUUUCCUAGGCCCUCGGCCUUCCUCUCCUAACCCAAACUCUUCAGAAGAACUACCACAUUCUCAGGAUAUGGUGAGCUAAAACUGUCUUAUUUAAGUACAUGUGUUCAUAUUUGGUGUUAAGUGUGCAACCAUGCUAUUAUCUCGUAACAAUAAAAAGAAGCACCUCAAGUUAAAAGAACAAGAUUUUACUUCCCACCCAAAAAACCUAACAUGAUACAUGAUUAUAUAGUACCAUGCCCAUGCUCCAAUGCAGUAAAUAUAACCAAAAAAGCACAUAUGGAUAAAUCCUCCACACACCUAAUACCGAGCAAAUUUUCUAAUAGGAAAAUUCCAUCAAGUAGCCGGUCCAUAAUAAGAAAAGGCUGGUAACGAAAUCGAUAUAGAUAAAUGUUAUGUGUUUCUAUGAACAACACGAUAACAACGCACCACAAGUAGUUGAGUAUUAACCGGUUUUAUUCUAGUUUAGUUCCAAAAGGAAGCAGAACCUGUCACAGAUAGACUAACAGGAUGAUAAUGUCGUUGCCUGUAUAUAGUCUAUGUAUCUAUGCUGCAUAUCUCAUAACUGUAGUUGAUAAUGUCGUCGCCUGUAAUUGGUUUAAUCUUUUGAAUUACCAACUGCUGUUACUUAAUCCCUCUUCGUUUAUCAUCUGAGUUUCAUUGGCAUUGCUGUUAAAUUGGGAAGUAAUUGCUCACUGUAGCUGAACUUGCUGAAUUUUAGAAAUUGAAUAGGAAUUAUGAGGUAUUUCAAUACAACUUGGACUGUUUGGCCAAAUAAAUCUGGUUAUAUUGCCCACUUGUUGCCGUGCAUUCCAUAGGCCUCUUUCCACCUAAUGUGAGGCCACACCAGAAAUUCAUAUCAUUUGCAUGUGCUCUACAAACCAAAUUAUGUAAUGUCAAGCACCCCAUGAAACAACAAUUGUGGUAAUGGGAAAUAUCUUAUCACAUAUCUUUUUAAGUUUACAUUGACACACACACUAACUUCUUCCACUAACAUAUCAGCUCUCGAAACUCCUUUGUCAGCAUGUUAAUUCCCUUUAUGCCACAAGGGCACAAAGAAGAAAAUCCCGUCAUCCUCUAAACUUCUUAAAAGAUAAUUGAUUUAAUUACCUUGUCAUGAGCCUUUUCAAAAUUAUUUGCACCCAAGCCUUCCCUUGAUUUCCUCAAUGCCCUUGUCAAGUCGAUGAGCUUUGCAAGGUAGAACCUUUAGCUCGCAUGUAUCAGUAUUGUUUCUUGUGAAAGUGAGUAACAACACUGCAUGUUUGUCUCACUAUGGCUUAGCUGCCCAUACCUAGCAUGCUGCAUUGGAGAUUCUAUUAUUAUGAGAUGUGUAUGCUAUUUCUUAUGAUUUCAUUUUUUUCCCAUUAGUCCCUUUUAUACAAAUUAACUAUAGUUGAUCAAGUUUCAAAUCUUCAGCUGUCUGUUCAAUGCCAAAUAAGACUAUCACAGAAGGACAGUUGUUAUUCUUCAAUGUGCACUAUGGUAUCGCCCUUUUGGAGGUGAUAGUAGACUUCCAGUUGCAGGUCCCUUCUUUUGGGCCAGGCGCAUACUUUGGGCAAGACAUAUUUUCAUUGGGUAGGGAUGAAAACAUGUCCUUAGGGGUCAGUCAUGGAACAAUUUUAUGGCUGGAUUAUCCUGUGCUAUUGAGGAACCACUACAUGUUUCUGAGUUGUGAUAUUCCUGAGGGUGGUUCAGGAGGGCCGGUGAUUGACCAUGGUGGCGAUAUCAUUGCGAUUGCAUUUGAUAUAAACCCAGGUCCAGUUGUUACCUCUAUCAAUACAAUCAUGACUUGCAUUGCGAUGUGGGACCAGUUUAGACGUGUUUCUCGCCCCAUCCUUGGCAUGCAAUUGAAGUCAGUGGAACUACUGGAUGUGUCCAGACAGGAGGAACUCUCUAUUGACUAUGAUAUCACUGGUGGUUUCAUUGUGAAGCAGGUGAUAGUUGAAUCUGCUGCUGAAAAGCUUGGUAUUAGACGAGGGGAUGUUAUUGUUUUUCAGGAUGUUUGUUGUUCUACUUUACCUCAGUUAGAAGACUAUCUCCUUUCUCUUGGUUGGCGAUACCUGCAAGGGAUGCACUCGACAACAGAUCUCAAGGUUGAAGUUCAUAAUCUCUUCGACUCAUAUAGGGAAAGCAUUACUUUCCCUGUACAGUUCUCUGAUGCUUCUAAACAGGUUUACUGAUGGUGUAAGACUUAAGUUGGCUAUAGUAAUGACUGACCAAGGAGAGGGAUGUCUACUUGUGCUUUUGGGAUAAUUUCGCAAGGCCUCCUACCAGCAAUGCAACCUCAUUGUCUAAAUGGUUGUGCUGAUUUUUUGGAUGAGAUUUUUGUAAGAAAGGUGUUACUGCGCCUCAUACGCUCUUAACAGAAGAUAAUGUCCCCCAGUAUAACACACACAAUCAAUACAUCAUGGGCACGCGGGCACACGGAUGUUCCCUCUAACGACGUGCUACUAUAUUAUUAGAGGAGCUGAGUAUCUAUCUGUGUAUGUCUCAGUUUAGCUGGUUUAUACUAAAGUCCUUGUCAAUAUAUAGCACUAUUGGGUCGCAUCAAUCACUUUUCAUUUAGGUGGUGAUUCUGUCUUUUGUAAGGAAAAAAACCAAAUGACAUUAGAAA